GACAACUAUAUGAAGCUCGCCAACACAACUAUCUCUCCUUUUUCUCGUGCUGGCAUUUUCGGCACUUACAUGGUAGACUAUGUUACUGCGUUGAAAUAUCUACCGCUUUGGUGUGCUCCCUUUAGGCGCAACACCAAGGGAUGGCAAAAGGCAGCACAAGCAUAGGUCAAUUGCCCAUUCGAAGAGGUCCAAACAAAGAUGGAGAAAGGGACCGCAACGCCGUGCAUCGUAGCCCACGAAUUAGAUGACAUAGCCCUUGGUCGGGGAACUGCAGACCAACAAGUCGUCAAGAACGUUGCAGCUACAACAUUUACCGCCGGCGCCGACACUGUAGUUUCAGCUCUACACUCCCUGUUCCUCGCCGUUGCCCUGCAUCCGGACAUUCAAGACAAGGCGCAGAAGGAACCUGACCGUGCGAUCGGCAACAGGCUACCAGUGUUCUCAGACAGAUAUCAACUACCAUACAUAGACUGCAUUUGCUACGAACCUUUAAGAUGAAAUCCGGUAACGCCUCUUGGACUUGCACACUAUAU